AUGAGCGGAGGAGGGGAACAGCCAGAUAUUCUUAGUGUGGGGAUAUUGGUGAAAGAAAGAUGGAAAGUGUUGAGAAAGAUAGGAGGUGGAGGGUUUGGAGAAAUCUAUGAUGCUCUUGACUUGCUUACUCGAGAGAACGUUGCACUGAAGGUUGAGUCAGCUCAGCAACCAAAGCAAGUUCUGAAAAUGGAAGUAGCUGUAUUGAAAAAACUGCAAGGGAAAGAUCAUGUCUGUAAAUUUGUUGGCUGUGGAAGGAAUGACAGAUUUAACUAUGUUGUCAUGCAGUUGCAGGGUCGGAACUUGGCAGAUCUACGUCGAAGUCAGUCUAGGGGGACCUUCACAAUUGGUACUACCUUGCGGCUUGGGAGGCAAAUUCUGGAGUCCAUUGAGAGCAUUCAUUCUGUUGGGUUUUUACACCGAGAUAUUAAACCAUCCAACUUUGCCAUGGGGCGUUUCCCUAGCACUUGGAGGAAGUGUUACAUGCUGGAUUUUGGCUUGGCACGGCAGUUUACAAAUUCAUGUGGGGAUGUCAGACCACCCCGAGCGGUUGCUGGUUUUAGAGGGACAGUGCGGUAUGCAUCAGUCAACGCUCACAGGAACAGAGAAAUGGGACGUCAUGAUGACCUCUGGUCCCUGUUUUACAUGUUGGUGGAAUUUGUGGUUGGACAACUGCCCUGGAGAAAAAUUAAAGACAAGGAGCAAGUAGGCUCUAUAAAAGAGAGGUAUGAUCACCGGCUGAUGUUGAAACACCUCCCUCAAGAAUUCAACAUGUUCCUAGAUCACAUUUCUGUUUUAGAUUAUUUUACUAAACCUGACUAUCAGCUUCUCAUGUCCGUCUUCGACAACAGCAUGAAGACCUUUGGAGUGACAGAGAGUGAUCCCUUUGACUGGGAAAAGAGUGGAAAUGAUGGAUCGUUAACUACCACCACCACUUCAACUACUCCUCAGUUGCAUACUCGACUGACCCCAGCUGCAAUAGGAAUUGCCAAUGCUACUCCAAUACCAGGAGAUUUGUUGCGAGAAAACACAGAUGAAGUGUUUCCAGAUGAGCAGCUCAGUGAUGGUGAGAAUGGUAUCCCUAUUGGAAUCUCUCCAGAGAAGUUACCAGAGUCUCCUGGACAUCUUCAUCCUCAGGAAAAGGAUGUGUGGGAGGAGAUGGAUGCAAACAGGAAUAAGACAAAACUGGGAGUCCAUAAAGCUGCUACAGAAGAGGAAAAUAGUCAUGGACCAAUUAAUGGCAUGCUUAAUGCACCAAGUCUAGGUUCUCCAGUUCGAGUCCGCUCAGAGACUACACAGCAAGACAGAGAUUUUCCCUUGGUGCGGAAGUUACGAUCAAUCCACAGUUUUGAACUGGAGAAACGUUUGACCUUGGAGUCAAAGCCAGACACAGAUAAAUUUCUGGAAAUCUGCAUGGAGAAGAAGAAAAGAGGGUUGAAUGCUGGAAAAGAAUCUGCUGCUGCUGCUUCUCAGAAAACUCCUCUGCCUGCAGUUACUUCUUGCAAUGAACAUGUUUGGCAUUAUGAUGAAGAAUACCUGCCUGAAGGUUCUAAGCCUGCUUCCGGGUAUUCUCCAGAACAGGGUGAUGGUGGUGUUAGCAAUGGAUAUGUGGCGGUCAAUUUGAGUUCCUGUCAGCAGGAGGUUGACUCUAAGGAAUGGGUUAUAGUGGACAAAGAACGGGACCUGCAAGAUUUCAGGACUAAUGGAGUUUUAGGGCAUAAAACAACUGGGAGCCCUUCUGAUGAUGAACCUGAAGUGCUUCAAGUCCUUGAGGAGUCCCCACAAGAGGAUAAGUUUAUAGCUUAUGGCAAGAAUGCAGCAGAAGGGACAGCGCUGGAUCUGGCUGUGGAAUACUGUGGUAUUGCAGCUUCUGAGCCAUUUGCAAAUCAGCUAGAACUCCCAGUUGGAACUGCAGGCCAACUUCUUGCUGUUACACCCACAAGUCUAAUGGAGGCCCAAGCAGAAGGGGCUCUUACUCCACUCUACUCUCCUCACAUGCUGCAUUUCUCCACCCCAAGAAUUUCAAGCUCCAUCCUCCGUACCCUGAGCCCUAUAACUCAUCUCACCACUCACCUGGACCCUAAGAAAGAGGCUGGCUUUCCAAGGAGCCAGUCAACAGAGAGCCACUCUUCCUCUUCCUGGUCAGCUGCCCGUAGGCAACUUCCUGUCAUUCCCAGUGGAAACAAGUUUCCCCCUGUCAUUCGCAUCUCAAAAGCACAACUCCAACAGGUUACAAUUCCCAGACCAUCAAUGGCCUCCACACAGUCUGCUUCUGAGAGUUUUCAUUAUGGCCAGCAGCUAGAGAAGAGGGAUCGAGAUAUCCGGCUUAUGGAGCAUGCUGUUGAACUUACUUCUCCUAAGGAGAAUUUAGCUGGCUUAGUGGUAGCAAAUGAUGUGUUAACUCUUAGUGGCAGUAGAACAGAUUUAUUGCUGAAGUUAGAUCAUAGUUUAGAGGAUAAAGAAGGAUAUAUUAGAGAAAGUGUUGAAACCCAAGACGAUAGCCAAAAGGAUGUUGAACAGUGUGUGAAGAAGCAAGGAGAGAGAGAACUUGCAAAUCUUUUCAAAGAAGCAGAGAACAGUAAACUUCCUGAGACUUGUGAAGACAGCAUUGAAAGGACAGGACUUGUUGCUCCAGGAAACACUGAAUCUGUGCUGGGUGAACUGCAGGCUCCUACAGUAUCUGAAGAACAGAGGCUAGUAACUUCCUGCCUGUUGCCAAAUUAUGAUGGAAAACAGGAGAUACUGAAGCAGUCGGUACCUGAAACAACGGAUGUUUCCUUAUCAAGAAGUACUGAACCAUUCCUUCACAGACAGGAAAGCCAAAUAAUUCUAGUGCAAGAAAAUGGUCUCCAUGAUGAUAGUGAUAUCUAUCAUGCUGAUGAAUUGCAUUGCCAACAAGCAAGCCUCACUACUUUUUUACAUCAAGAGGACAAAGGAGAGCAAAAUGUUCUGAGAAACGGAGAAUUGUUCCAUUGCAUUUCAGAGAAUGAGAGUUCUCAUCAGUCCAAGAAGGAAUUAGUUAGAACACCGUUUGUAGCUAGACAAAGUCGCAUUCCAGUUUUAGCACAAGAGAUAGACUCCUCAUCAGAGUCCUCUUCACCUGUUUCAGCAAAGGAGAAACUACUCCUAAAAAAGGCGCAUCAGACAGACUUGGUUAGACUACUUGUAGAAAAGAGACAGCUGAAAUCUUUCCUUGGUGACCUCUCAAGUGCCUCUGACAAGUCACUGAAAGAAAAAGUAGCUACUGCUCCCUUACCACUUUCUGAAGAUGUUUUGUCGUCCUUUUCCAAGCUGACAUUAGACUCCCAUUUGCAUAGUCAAGUGGAGGAAAGCUUUUUGUCAUCAAGCAGUCCUCAGUCCAGAAAGAGUAAAAUUCCAAGACCUGUAUCUUGGACUACUACAGAUCAUGCUGGCAAUUCAAACUCUGCUCAGUUUUUUCCUCGGCCUCCACCAGGAAGACCCCCAACAAGGCCUGGAGUAGAAGCCAGGUUGCGCAGAUACAAAGUGCUAGGAAGCAGCAGCUCAGAUUCAGACCUGAUAUCUCGACUGGCUCAAAUCCUUCAGAAUGGAUCUCAGAAACCAAGGAGCUCUUCCCAGUCUAAGAGUCCAGGAUCUCCACAUAGCCCUAAAACACCACCCAAAAGUCCAGUCAUCCCUAGACGCAGUCCUAGUGCCUCUCCUAGGAGCUCUUCGUUGCCCCGUACUGCCAGUUCCUCACCAUCCCGGAGUGGGCGGCCUCACCAUGACCAGAGGAGUUCAUCUCCACAUCUUGGAAGGAGUAAAUCGCCGCCUAGUCUUUCAGGCUCUUCAUCAUCCAGGAGAUCCUGCCAACAAGAGCACUGCUACAACAAAUCUAGCAAGAAUGGUCUGAAAGGUUCUAGUGGCUCCUGUCACCACUUAUCUAACAUUAAACCACCCACAGGGAAGAACAAAUCAGCUAGUAAACUUAGCAGAUAGAAACUGAGUCUUGUCUGGUGUCAAAGCCCCAUUCUUAAUCUGAUGCAUGUUGUGUCUGUGUACUGUGUAUUUAAACAAAGAAAAGGUCUUCAAAAUCAGUGUUCAACCUGACUUUCAAAGAAAAGCAACUCUGUGAUAAAUUAUUUAUAAGACCCACUUGGUAUGUGAGUGGCCAGGCAUCAAGCAGAUCAGGGAGGCUUAAAGGGCAGGGAUGGAGUAUCCAGAUUGUCCAAGAUGUAUGAAACAUUCAGAACACUCACUCCCUGGAGUGAGUGUUUUUUAAUAAGGUUUUCAUUUUUUGUUUGUUUGUUAAGGAUAAGCAGCCUAAUUAUUUAAGGCUUUUCUCAAGGAACGUUACAAAACUGGAAACAAUUAAGUUUCACCAUGAUGCCAUUACAUCUGAAGUACUACUCAGCUGUGUGUUUGUAGAGUUUUUAAAAAGCACAUUGUUUUGAACAGCAAUAUUUUUAGAUGUCUGUAUUUUGAAUGUGGGGCUUCAUAUAUCUGUUUCCAAGUUGUUUAUAUUAUGUCAUGGUUGAUGUUUCCCCCCCUUUAAAGCAAGCAAUUAAACAAAACAAAUCCCAUGUAUUUAAUUUCAAAAUGUUUGACAUGGGCUGCUACUUUGUGGACACUUGAUGAAUAUAAAUUUGUUGAAUCCAAUGGAUUUAAAACUUAAGUGUACACAGGACUGCAGGCAUCAGUGUUCACAUUUUCUGCAAAGGAUUAUGUGUACUGAUACUUACUGGCCCAUAAUCUGUUAACCGCUGUGCAGACCGUGAGCCUAAGACAACUUGAUCAUUUAUCUGUGUGUUAGUUGCUGGAGCUAUGGCAUUUUUCUCCAGGGUUCCAUCACAGAAUAUAUAAUGGGGUAAUGGUCACAGCCAGAGUUAAAGAAGAAAAAAGGGAGAUCUUGGACCCUGAAGCAUUCCUGCAGGGUGCAACAUUUGUUAGAGAGUACAAGAACUUCUCAGGGUACAAAGGAAAGCCAUUGCUAAAGUUGACCAGGAUUUACUCAUCAGGGACAAGUCCAUUCACCUUAUUCAUAAUUCCCUUCUUCAGUCCAUAGUGCUGAAGAAGAGUAGAAAUGUUUACACAUUUGGACUUUUUUCUUGAGAAUAGAAAUCUAGAAGCUUUAACCUCUUAAAGAUAACUACAGAGCUUGUAUAUGUUUAGGAAGAAGAACCCCCACCCAUAAUAUUUGAUGGUCAAAUCUAUAAGGCAAUUUAUGGGGCUUUUUCUUAUAGGUCAGUGUCUCUAAACCUACAUUGUACUGGAAGAAUGUAUGUGCCUGCCCCUUCUCCCAGUUUGUACAUAUGACUACUGAGCAUCUGACCAAGCAGUCAUACAUGUUUAUUUGGAAGGUGGAAGCCAAUACCUGGAGUAUAGGUAUAUACAUUUCCUUACUCACAAGUAUGGUUGCAUUUAGGGACAUCAUAAUGUGAACUCUUGUUUUAGGGUUUUUUUCCACUCCCCAGAAAUCUCUGAAUAAAGUCAAUGGCUGGUAUGUUUCCCAAAAUAUACUUAGGCUUCAUUGUAUAACCCUUAGAGAAACAAUCUCCUUUGCCUCAUCCGGGAAUGGACAAUGGAUUCGUGGAAUCAAAAAGAAAUAUUUUAAAAUGGAUACAGACAUCUCCCUGAAUGGGUACUUCUUUUAGGGGAUACAAAGUUGUAUCCAACCACACAUUUAAAAGUCUUAGGGACACUUACAUUUUCUUAAGAGAGGAUGGCUAUUUCUGCUAAUUUCCCCCCUCCCACUGCAAGCUUCCACUUAGUCCCCUGUGCUGUUCCAGAUGCUUUUCUGACCCCUUAGGAAUAAAAUGGGUUGAGAAGAAGUUCACCUGGCUGCACCACUGAAGAAAUCCCCCCCCCAAGAAAACUUAAGUGUUCUUAACUCUUCAUAAUUACGUGGUUGGAUACAGAACCUUAGAUACUGGGGGAUGGGGGUGGUGGCAAUUGCUGAUCUGCUUGUUAUAGUUUUAUGCCUGUAGCCAACAUACGUUUAAAAUUUUAACUUUGUUUUAUUUAAACUUCAUUUGCUGCCAAAAUAGUAUCUUUGGAUGGAAAAGGGAAUACUUUCUUUCAGAGUUAAUACAUUUCUAAUGCUGCAUUGAAGCUGCACUGAAUUUCACCUGUUCUGUCAGAAUGUGUUGAAAUUUUUUUAUUCUUAAAUGUAUAUAUUGUUUCCCAUAAGUAAUGUAGCACAGUGUGGAACCUUUAGCUGCAUUCAGGUUUCAAACACUACAGAGAAAUGCAACAGCAGAGCAUACCUGCUGUUUCUCAAACUAUAUGAUUUAAAAGAUCUAUUCUGCUGUAUUAUAUUGUA